GUCUUAUGCUUAAGAACUCUCAUGUACCAUAUGUGCAUGAAAGUUCUGUAUGUAGGAGUUUGUUUGAAUCUGCCGAGCCGGGUCUGUAAACAGUUUGGUAGACCGGGGCCAGAAGAGUCCAUUGUGAGUCGAGAGAGGGGCAGUCCGACUCUGACACAGCUGCAGUAGGAGGGGAGCUGUUAAACUACUGCAAGUCAGUGGACCGACAGACAGCGGCACUUCACAUGAUUAUGACAGGACACAAUGACUGACCCACCUUUGACCGACAGCUGCCACAACCUGACAGACAAAGCAGAAAUCCUGUUCCCUAGCGGUGAAACAGUGACGCAGAUAGGCCUUUCCCUCUGACCUGUAAGGAGCAUCAGCUGGAUCCACUGUCGCAAAGUCAAGCUGAAAAAUAUCUGCUAUCGUCUGAAAAGAUGCUGCUCCUACUACUGGGAAUCAUCCUCCUGCACGUCGCUGGUCUGGUUCUCCUGUUUGUGUCCACAAUAGUCAGCGUAUGGACGUCAAGUGAAACUAGCACCUCAGACCUCUGGUUAAACUGCUCUACUUCCAAUGGAGGAUACCACUGUGACCCAGCAUCAUCUGGAGAGUGGAUUCAAGUGGUGCAGGCCCUCAUGAUCCUAUCCAUCAUCUUCAGCUGCCUAUCUCUCUUCCUCUUCUUCUGCCAGCUCUUCACUUUGCAGAAGGGUGGACGAUUCUUCCUCACUGGAACCUUCCAGAUCCUUGCCAGUUUGUUUGUGAUGAGCGGAGCCAUCAUCUACACGGUGAUGAGUCCGGAGUGGGUGCCGGACGCAAAUGCCUUCGGCUACUCCUACAUCCUGGCGUGGGUGGCCUUCCCCUUGGCGCUGAUCAGCGGACUCAUCUAUGUCAUCUUGAGGAAGCGAGAAUGAGCCAUCACUCCAUCCCAGUGUUCCCAGUAACCCCUUGCCCAAAUGCAAGUGUCAUCAGUCCCACUCUGAAGUAUAAGUUCUGAUGCCUGAGUACCAAUGGCCAAUGGAGCCACCAGGCCAAUACACCCAGAUCACAGCAAGGGGGAGGGGGUUAAUACCAAAAAUCAACAUGCAAAACCAACACAAAAACAACCAAUACUGUCUCAGUUAAAAGAUGUAUAUAGUAUCUAUGGUUUAAAACCUAUUUAUAACACUUUUUACAUAUAUGUACAUAGUUUUUGUGUUGCUCUGUCAAUGGAUACUUGUAUGAGCUUUUGCCUUGUGUUUGUUUGUAAUGAUGACAUAAUUAGAUGCUAUUUUGUUGUGUUUUCUUUUUUUUUGUUGCCUUUUUUGUUUUGGUAAUUGCCAAAGGAUUAGUAAAAAAAGAAAAAGGUUUCUUCAAGUAUAUUAACCAAAGUGCAUGUAUAGAAAUAGAAGGGUUAGAAGAAGAUUUUUUGGAUGGGCUUGCUUUACAAAAAGAGUGGUAACAUCCAUGGACGUAGCAUAGCCAUGAAAUAUAGAUUUGGUCCUUUUCUAUUUGUGAAUUUGCAAGUUUCAGUGUUUUUAUUUUCGGUAUUUUUCUAUUUCUUAUUUUCAACAAAAGAUGGUGCUAUGUAUUUAUCAUUCCUAUUACUGAUAGCAAUCAUUUACAACGGAGUUACUUUGUUAUUGUUUAGAGUCAAACAGCUUGCCAUGAAUUAAAGUGAGAAUCAGACAGAGGUACACUUGUACAUACAGUGCCUGACUGCUUCUUUAGGGAACACAGCCUAUUUCACAUUGCAGUGCCAGAUUUUUUUUUCAUCAGCUACUGUAAAAAAAAUAUAUAUAUUAUUGAGUUUGGGGUGGUAUAUUGAUCAAGUCAAAAGUCACACUUGGAAUGUCAGUAUUAUUCUAUGAGUUUGUGAAGAGUUGGAUCACAGUGAAAUUACUUUAUAUAAGCUUAAUUUUCGCUCUAUUUGCCUUCAUUUUCCCUAAUUCUGAUGUUUGUGUUCACCUGUUGUGUGUGGCUGUUAAAGUCUCAAGAAGCCAAAUUGCCUAUUUAGUAGAAUACCAUAAAAAAAAAACUGGGGCAUUAUAUCCUAAGAAAAAAGUAUUUAACAUUACUAGAAACAAAUGCCACCAAAGUUGAAGCCAUAUAAGAAAAUACCAGAUGGUAGGAAAAAUAUAAUGGUAGGAAAAACAUAUUUAGUAUUAACUCUAUAUGUGAGGAAAAGGACAGAGAGGUUUGCAGUGAUGACACAAAUGUCUGUUUCACAUACUUGAAGUUUGACAUGCUGCAGUCUCUGCCCACUGACGUCUAGAUGUUUUUCUCUUCUACUGUAUAAAACACUGUUUAUAUGUUGUGCAUAACAGAUGUUGAUGACAAUCUAGCCUAAAACACUCACUCAAUAAAACUACUCUCACAUUAUCUAAUACUGUGUAUUCCACUGUUACAAGGGACUGGAUUCACGCUAACACUUGAUGCAUGUGGAGCUAGAAAAUACAUAAUGCAGAAGUCAAGUCAUUUUCUAGGCUGUUAUGUUGUCUGCCUGUAAACACACAUCUCUGCUACAAAAGCCUGAUGUGGAAAAAACUGCCAGUAAAUGGGAAUAGACAUGAAAAUGAAAGCCAAUUCUGAACCAUUUGUGGUGAUGAAUCUAUUAUGAUUGACAGUAGCUGCAUGUUCACAUGCUAUGAGAUGGAUGUCAGUAAUGCAGCGUGCAGCAUGUAAAUUCCUGUGUACAGUCUAGCCAAGCAAGUCUAUCUAACAGUAUGUAAUCAUAUUCUGGUAGAUCAAAUAAGCUGCCUUGUGCAUGUGGUUGCAAAUGCUGUAUGUGACUUGUGUUGCACACACUGGGGCAAAGGCACAGUGGUUUGCACCCGAUGCCAGUUACUCAAAACAUACAGCUAGUGUUUCAGUGUCAACACUGUCUCUCAUAGCAUCAGAAAUAAGAGGACUUGGACGUGUCUUGAACACCAUAAGCAAGGGUCUGUCCUCCAAUUGACAUCUCCUGUGAGAUCCUGUAGCCUUCCAAAACAGAGCUAUGUUGUGGUGGAUUAAAGUAUUUAAUUCAGACCUUACACCAGCUAGUCAGCUGUGGGUUUUUUUUUUUAGCAUGAUGUUCAUUAUUGGGUUCAGUUAGAAGAGAUUGCCUCUAAUGACAACUGCCCAACUAUUUUGUGUAAAAUGCCAGAGUUCAACUGUCUAUGCCAUGUUUACACCUAAACUUCCAAAUGCUCUUGAUAUUACCAAAGCUAUUUGAGUUUAAUCAUUAAAGGAUGUUUCUUACCACCA